AUGAUCGACAACAACAAUAGUAUAUUAACAAACGAACAUGGAUCAUCAACAACAUCAACUACCUCAUCACCAUCAUCAACAACAACUGCGCAUAAACUGAAACACAAACAACAUUCAACCAAUCAACACAACAACAAUAAUAAGAGAGGUAGUUUGAAGACAUCAUCGACAAAGAGUACACUUACAUCAUAUUUGAUAUACUUGGCAUUGGUCAUAUCGAUUGGAGCUUACCUGUUCUUUAGUGGCUUCCUGCUCAUUCGAUUCGAGCUGCCAAUGAAGAGCACAUGUGCAGAGUCUCCGCUGCUCACUGCCAACAGGUUCACCAACGCAUCACACUCGCCCGACACAGGCUGUUGGAUGCCAUUCACAUACAAACGCGCGGUGAUCGUCAUCAUUGACGCGCUGCGCUUCGACUUUUUGGCGCCGCAGCCGCCGGACACAGCCGACCUGUCGCCCUUCUUCCACAACAAGCUCACCAGCGUCACGCGACUGCUCGAACAGCAGCCGUCCAACUCCCUCAUCUUCCGCUUCAUCGCUGACUCACCCACCGUCACGAUGCAGCGCAUCAAGGGCAUCACGACCGGAUCGUUGCCGACCUUCAUUGAUGUCGGCUCCAACUUUGGAGGCGAUGCCAUUGUUGAGGACAACUUGAUCCACCAGCUGUCGUUCAAUGACGAUGAGCACCGCGAGGAGCAUCUGAGCACGGGCUUCAAUCGCUCCAAGGGCCAUCUCCGCAAGAAGGUGGUCUUUAUCGGCGACGACACAUGGGUCACGCUCUUCCCCCAUCACUUCUACUCACAAUACGACUUACCCUCCUUCAACGUGAAGGACCUUCACACGGUGGACAAUGGUGUCAUCGACUACCUGCUGCCCACCAUCACGCGCAUCCAGUCUGACGAGGAUGGCACACCAGCAUGGCAUGUGGCCAUCGGUCACAUGCUCGGCGUCGACCACGUUGGUCACCUACACGGUCCAAAUCAUCCAGAGAUGAUCAAGAAGCUUGCUCAAAUGGAUGAGUUCCUAUCUUCUGUCAUAAACAACAUUGACAAGGAUACAUUGUUUGUUUUGUUUGGAGAUCAUGGAAUGACAUCAGAGGGCAAUCAUGGAGGCGCAUCAGAGGACGAGACUGAUGCAGCAUUGUUUAUGUACUCGCCAGGUAUACCGAUCAAUAACAAUAUACCCGAACAAUUCACAUCCAAGGAUAAACAAACAAAGAGCAUCAGCCAGAUAGACUUGGUGUCCACUAUAUCAUUGCUACUGGGUGUGCCCAUCCCCUACGGUAACUUGGGCUCGAUCAUACCCGAGUUGUUCUUGGCCACGGUGCCAGGACAGCAUCCCAACCACUUUGAGGGCUGGCAACGAUUCAUUGACGCGCAGCGUAUCAAUGCUUGGCAGAUCAUGCGCUAUGUGGACAGCUACUCGUCCGUCUCCAAAGAGUUCCCCAAGCACCUGCUCAAGCAUUUCCACCGCCUGAUCGACGAGACCGAGCGACAGUAUGCACAGAUAUCAAGCGACCCCGCUCUGUUUGACGAGGCACACGCCUACAAGGUCUACCAAGGCUAUCGCGAGCUUCAGGAGGAGAUUGUUGACCUGUGCCGCAAGAUCUGGGCGACAUUCGACACAUUCUCAAUGAUUGCAGGACUUUCUAUUAUGUGCCUGUCACUGCUGACACUUGUUGUGUUGCUGCUGGCAACCGAGCGAGCCAAACGAACCAACAGCGAGCAAGUAACACUGCCGCUCAAUGCGAUCGUCCUCUCAGCAAUGGUUGGCAUGUCAGUGUCCGCGCCCCUGCAUAGCUUUGUCUUCACGGCCGAUGAUUCACUGUUCAUUACAGUGGCGACCUGCGCGACCACUUUCUCAAUGGCCACACUAAUACUCAAGCUGGUAUUGGCCAUGAUUCCAACGUCUGGUUCACUCAUGGCUGCAUCUACUCUACCGCCUCAGGCUCAGGCGAGCAUCAAGCCAAAGCAGAGCCACAGCUACUUCAACCUAAAGACCAUCCUGUUUGUUAUACCCUGCGUGUCGGUCCUUGCACAUGGUUUAUCAUUGUUGUCCAACAGUUUCAUCGAAGCACAGCAGCACGUGGUCAACUUCUUUGCAGUCACUCUGAUACUGCUGGCCAUUGUGGCGUCGUACUGGAUCAAGCCCAAAUGGACUGUCUCAGACACGUUAUACAGUCUGGCCAUCCUUGUCUCCUUCCUCUUCACGUCGCCUCGCUUCAGGGCCGAGAAGUUUGGCGACCUACUCAAGGUGACGUCGUCGGACGACACACUCACCAUGCAGGCCAUCUCCACGCUGCUGCUCAACAGCAUCACGCAGUGGGCAUGGUGCCUCCCAACGUUGUACAUAUUCAUUGGCGAGGUAGUGCGACGACUGGAGCUUGCACUACUUCCUGCACCAUCAUCGAUCCACCGCUCACUGCGCCUCUCUGCCAUCAGCAUGGUGUGCAUCGCCGGUCACUGGUUGGUCCAAUCAAUCUCCUACCAGACGACACUCGACCACACCACACGAGGCGUCUUCCCUUGGUUGGUAUAUGGCAUUGCCCUGUUUGGCCUGGGCUCGUCAUUCUUCAGCUCAAUGUCGACGACACACAAGCCAACUGCGCACGACUCAAUCAAGCACGUGUUCUUCAAGCUGAUCGAGGUGCUGGUGUACUUCUUCACGCUGUUCAUCCUGUUGUUGGGCCCGGUUGCCGUCUCCAACCUCACCUGGAUGCUCAUUCACACAUGUCUGCUCACUCGAUUGAUGGGCGACAUUGUGCAACACAGCUGGCUAACAGGCAAUCAUAAUCACAAUCGCAAGGAGUACAUCUAUUGGUUGAUAACAUAUGCGCUGUGUGGCUUCCUCACGCUGAACCACUUCUUUAGCACGGGCCACGACUACUCCUUCAACAAGAUCCAGUUCGAGAGUGCCUUCAUUGGCUUUGACGAUCAUAUGUUGUGGCGCGAUGGUCUACUGGUCACACUCAACACGUUCGCCUCCCCUAUCUUCUUUGCCUUGUUCCUGCCCAUAAUGGUCAUCUACUCGAGGUUCAUUGUGUUGGCGCCACGCAAGCAACAGUACAACAGCGUUGGUACGUCAACGUCCAUGUCUUCACUGUCUCCACCAUCGUCCUUCGCGCUCAAUGUUUCACAACAGCAACAGCAAAAGAUCGACCAGCAGGUCAAACACCUCUGGCUGACAAUGAGCGACAUGAUGAUUGGAUUCCUGCUCUACCUAUUCUUCUUCCUCUUCAACACGAUCAACAUCUGCGUCUCGGUCUACAUACUGCGUCGCCACCUGAUGGUGUGGAGAGUGUUUGCGCCCAAGUACAUCUUUGAGACCUGUCAACUGUUCAUCGUGAUGGUCUUCUUGAUCAUUGCCAGUCUGCUAGUCAACUUCCACAAGUCCAGAAUAAAGAUGUCCUAG